AUGGCGGCCCCGGGAGAGGCCCCGGGAGAGGCCCCGGGAGAGGCCCCGGGAGAGGCGCUCCGGGCCGUGCUGCGGCCCAGCGGGGCCCUCCCGGCCGAGGCUCUCCCGGUGCGCGGCUACGACUUCUCGGGCGGCGCGGACCACGCGGCGCUGCUCCGCUCCUUCCGCACCACCGGAUUCCAGGCCACGAGCUUCGCGCGGGCGGUGGCGGAGAUCGAGCGGAUGAUCGCGGCCAAGCUGGAGCCGCUGGGCUCGGAGCAGCGGCAGCGAGCGGCCAUGGCCGGGCCCCGGCCCCCCUCGGGCUGCACCAUCUUCCUGGGCUUCACCUCCAACCUCGUCAGCUCCGGCGUCAGGGAGAGCAUCCGAUACCUCGUACAGCACGGCAUGGUGGACGUGCUGGUGACCACGGCCGGGGGGGUGGAGGAGGAUCUCAUCAAGUGCCUGGCGCCCACCUACAUCGGGGACUUCCACCUGCGGGGCCGGGAGCUGCGCGAGAACGGCAUCAACAGGAUCGGGAACCUGCUGGUGCCCAAUGACAAUUACUGCAAGUUCGAGGAUUGGCUGAUGCCCAUCCUGGAGCGGAUGGUGGACGAGCAGGACACACAGGGCGUGCGGUGGACGCCGUCCCGGAUGAUCGCCCGGCUGGGCAAGGAGAUCAACAACCCCGAGUCCAUCUGUUACUGGGCUCAGAAGAACAAGAUCCCGGUGCUGAGCCCGGCGCUCACCGACGGCUCCCUGGGGGACAUGAUCUUCUUCCACUCCUACAAACGCCCGGGGCUCGUGCUGGACAUCGUGGAGGACCUGCGCCUCAUCAACACCCAGGCCAUCUUCGCGCACAGGACCGGGAUGAUCAUCCUGGGCGGGGGUCUGGUCAAGCACCACAUCGCCAACGCCAACCUGAUGCGCAACGGCGCCGAUUUCUCCGUCUACGUCAACACGGCGCAGGAGUUCGACGGCUCCGACUCGGGCGCGCGGCCGGACGAGGCCGUGUCCUGGGGCAAGAUCCGCGUGGACGCCACCCCCGUCAAGGUCUACGCCGACGCCUCACUCGUGUUCCCGCUGCUCGUGGCCGAGACGUUCGCACGGAGCGCCGACGCCUUCCCGGUGCCCGCGGGGACCCCCGAGGCCUGAGGGACCCUCGAGGUCUGAGGGACCCCCGGUGCCUGUGGGGACCCCCAGUGCCUGCAUGGACCCCCAAGUCCUGAGGGACCCCCGAGGCCAGAGUGACACCCAGUUCCCACAGGGACCCCCGAGGC